CCUCAGGUUCUUCUGGGCGGAGACGAUGAGGACUUAUGCCACUCGGAUUAUAAUACUCCUCCUAACUUGACGCCCCUUCCCGAAUUUAGAUCAUGGAAGAUACCCAGGUUAUUAACUGGGACCUUGAGGAAGAGGAGGAAACAGAAGAACCCAGUGAACCUCUGGGGCAUAGCUUGGAACCUGUAGGGAGACUACGUUUCUUCAGCAGUCCCCAAGCACCAGAAAAAGAUUUCCCACUCUACCUGGGGAAGAAUGUGGUAGGUCGAAUGCCUGAUUGCGCUGUGGCCCUGCCCUUCUCAUCCAUCUCCAAACAACAUGCAGUGAUUGAAAUCUUGGCCUGUGACAAGGCACCUAUCCUCCGAGAUUGUGGGAGCCUCAAUGGUACUCAGAUUCUGAGACCUCCAAAAGUCUUAAAACAUGGAAUGAGUCAUCGUCUGAGGGACCAGGAGUUGAUUCUCUUUGGUGACUUGCCCUGCCAGUAUUAUCGCCUGGCUAUCCCCAAGCCGUUUGUUUGCCGGGGCCCUUUAACUGUGGAGCAGACACCGAGAGUUCAGGGAGCUCAACCCCAGGAACUCCUGUUGGCUGAGGACUCAGAGGAGGAAGUAGAUCCUACUUUUGAAGAACCAAAAACCACAUCUUCCCCUUUGACGACAGUAGUUCCAGAGAGUGAUGAAGAGGGAGGGUUGCCUGCCCCGGAUGGUCCUGGGCCACCUUUUGUCUUCAACCUGGACAGUGACACAGAUGAAGAAAUUAAGCCACCAGUUUCAGGAGGGGACUCCUUCAUUGCCAGAAGAGAUGCCAUUGCAGAGACAGAACCAAAAACUGAUGGAACCGCAGCUGAGUCCCAGAUUGCAAAGGAUCCAUGUGCAGUGAAGAAAAAGAACCAUGACAGCAAAGCUGAGAGUGAUCCUGGUGGGGAGAAGAGCCAAGCUGCUGACGAGGACAGUGACACGGAUGUGGAUGACAAGAGCAUAUCCACAGGUCGGCUUGCUGGAGACCAUUUGGAAAUGAUCCGUUCUUCUGGUUUCAUGGACAGUGAUACUGAUGUGGAAGAAGAAGGGAUCCCGGCAACCCCCGCAGUUGCUCCUUUGAAACAGAGGCUGGUCAUCUAUGGAGUAGGCACAAACAGUUCUGGGGCACCAGACUUGACACAUCGGCAGGAGAAUCCAAGUGAUAGUGACACAGAUGUGGAGGAGAGCAAGGCCCCACUGCCUGCUCCUCUGGAGAGAAGCCUAGGCUCCAUGGAGAUUGACAACGAGAAGGAUGACAAGGAAGAAAUCUCAGUAGCUCCCCCUUUGGUAUCCCUGAAAGAGGAAACCAAAGAGAGCCUUGCCAUUAAAUGCAGCGGAAGUCCAGACACAGAAGGGAGCAGUGCCCAACCUGUGGGUCUUCUAGAACAAAACCAAACCUCCACUAGGAGGGGCAGUCACACAGACAUGGAGGAGAAGGGAAUUCCUGUGAAAAAGAAAGGAAGAACUGUCUCUAAGGGUCACCCAGACAAGGCACAUCCAGAAAAGCACCAAUCUCCUCUUGGGGACAGUGAUAGAAAGGUAGAUAUCAGCUCUGCUGGGGUCCAGUUGGAGGGAAACCAAGCCUCUGCCACAGAGGUCAUCAGCAAACAGGUGGAGAAAAAGUAUCAGGUACCCGUGGUGUGGACAAAUCAAAGAAAUGUGGAAGCAGAAGAGGAUCCAAGAAAACUGCCUGGAGUGCAUCCAGAAACAUCCCAGUCCACUGCUAGCGUCUGUGGGGCACAUGCAGAAAAGGGCACAUCCUUAGUAUCCUCAGCAGUGGCAGAUGUAAGCAAGAGCCACCUUGGGACAGAGUGUGCUGUGGUUCUCCUUGAGCCAAAGAAGGAACUGGAGACCGAGGCUCAGGGUGGGUCACCUGUGGUACAAGUGAAGGAGGACUCUUGCCCUAUCUCAGGGGAGAACCCAACAGAUCUGGUGGUGGACAAAGGUAUUCCAUGGGAAAAACCCACUCAGCCACUGAGAGAGGAAGCCCAGAGCCCCCUAGAAAAGGAGAAACACCAGGCCCACAGAAUCAAGGACUCAGGAGACAGCCAUGAUGAUUCUGAAGACCUAGACUUGCAGGCUACCCAGUGCUUUGUGAAGGUCGAAACUCAGAGUGUGGAAGCAGAACAGAGCAUGGAGGAUGAAGCCACUCAGGCCUACCUGCUACCCCAUGAACCUGGACCUUCCUGUUGCAGCAUGCCGGCCCAAGGUGCCCUGGAUGAGUCAUGGGAGGUCUUGGCUACACAGCCAUUCUGUUCAAGAGAGUCUGAGACCCCUGAGAGCCAGCCUGCUACAGCCUUCCCUGAGGACACUGGAUCUUGCCUCUCUUUACCUGGAGUAGCACCACAGGACCAACAUCCUGAGAGUCCAGUUCCCAAACAGCCAUGGGAGAUUGAAGACAGAGGAAUGCAAACUGUGGAAGAAGACUUGGGCCGCUUCAGUUGUCAGAUACCACCCUCUGAGGAGACAUCCAGGGAUGAUCAGGAAUCUCCAGAUAUUUCCCUGCCUUCUGCAGUGCCUGAAUCCUCAGCUUCUCAGCAAAAGCCCCUCAUCCUUCAUAACCAAAAGCACUCUGCCCCUCAGACCGUGCUUGCUCUCCCUUCACCAUUAGAGUGUCCCAUUCCUAGGACUAGGCAAAAAAGGAGUCAGAAAGCUCCAAUGACUCCUUUGUCCUCAGAACCGAAGAAAAUCCACACAAAGCCCAACGUGAAGACUCAGGAGUCUCCCAGAAUGACUCCUCCGGUUUCUUCACUUGCCCUUGAACCCCACAAUAUCACUCCUAGAGACCAGCCAGUCAGCUCUGAGACCACAUCUCGGGUCACUAGAGGCAGGGCACGUAGGUCCUCUGUCAAGACUCCUGAACUAGGUGUUCCUACUGCCCCUGAGCUUCAGCCUUCUGCUUCCACAGAACAGCGUAUCAUCCCCAAACGCACAUCUCAGGCCACUGGGAGCAGGACACUUAGGUCCUCUGUCAAGACUCCAGAAGCAGGUAUAGCCACCGCUUCUGAGCUGCAGUCUUCCCACACCAUUGAUCAGUCUGUCACUUCUGAGUCCACAACUCGUACCACUUGGGGCAGGACACGUAGGUCCUCUGUCAAGACCCCUGAACCAGUUGUCCUCACAACCCCUGAGCUCCAGCCUUCUGCUUGUGAAAAUCAGCCUGUCACCCCCGAAUUGACAGUCCGUGUCACUAGGAGCAAAGGACAUGGGUCCUCUGACAAGACCCUUGAAUCAGUUGUCCCCCCAGCCCCUGAGCACCAGCUUUACACCCCCACAGACCAAGCUGUCACUCCUGAACCCACAUCUUGGACCACUCGAGGAAGAACAUCCAAGUCUCUCAAGACCUCUAUACCAUUUGUCCCCGUAGCCCCUGAAAACCGACCUUCUACUCCCACUGUUGUCCCUGAGCCCGUUAUUCACACCACUCGGGGCAGGACACGAAGUUCUGCAGGCAAAACCCCUGAACCAGUUCCUCCAGCCACCAGAAUUCAGCCUACUGUCGUCAUAGACCAGCUUGUUCCAUUGGAGAUUGCUCAGGGCAGAACACGUAGAUCUAUUAAAACCCCCAAAUCAGCUAGCCCCCCAAACCCUGAGCUCCAGCCUUCCACUUCCACAGAUCAACCUGUCAUCCCUGAACCCCUAUCUCAAACCACUCAAGGCACAUCUGUGAAGACCUCCCAGUUACCCGAACCCACAUUCCUUGGUCUUGAACAUAUUCCCACAGACCAGUCUGUCAUACCUGAGACCAAAGCUCAGGAUGGUCAGGGCAAGAGGCUGAGGUCUUCAGUAAGCGCUGCUACCUCUGAAUCCCAGUCGCCUGCCCCAAAUCCCACCCCUCAAGCCAACUGCGGCAGGAAGGCAAGGGCCAAUAGGAAACAUGGGUCCCUCGCAGUUACCAUUGUCCAUGAAGUCAGCUCUGUACCUCCUGAGCCUGUUCCUCAGUCCUCAAGGAGCCAGAAACGAGCUGUAAAAACGGCUAAGUCCCUUCAGACCAAACCUGAGCCAGUCUCUCCUCAGCCUCCUGAAACACCCACUCAUGUGCCUGAGGUCCAAAAGAUAGAGGCGACCCAGAGGUCUGGGCACAGCCCAGAGACCCGGCCUAAGGCCACCCAAAGCCAAAAGAGGCCUCUGGUCAUUGUGGAUUCAUCCCCACUUCCAAAACGACUCCAAAGAGGAGAAGUCCCCCAGAAGAUAACAUUCCUCAAGGAAGAGGAAGAAGACACUGCGGAGAAGCCAGGAAAGGAAGAGGAUGUAGUGGUUCCGGAAGCAAGCAAGAGGAAGAGAGCACAGGCUGAGGAGGAGCCAGAGGGGAGAGCGAAGCGCAGUCUCCGGCGCACCAAAUCUAACCCAGAUUCCACAGCCCCUAAAGUGCUCUUCACAGGCGUGGUGGAUGAGCGUGGCAAGCGGGCGCUGCUGGACCUGGGGGGGAGCCUGGCCAAUUCAGUAGCAGAAGCUUCCUACUUGGUGACUGAUCGAAUUCGCCGGACAGUCAAGUUUUUGUGUGCCCUGGGGCGGGGCAUCCCUAUCCUCUCCUUGGACUGGUUGUACCAGUCCCACAAGGCUCGUCGCUUCUUACCUCCGGAUGACUAUGUGGUGAUGGAUCCUGAACAUGAGAAGAACUUUGGCUUCAGCCUUAAGGAAUCCCUGAGCCGGGCUCAGGAGCGAAGGCUAUUGGAGGGCUAUGAGAUUCAUGUGACCCCUGGGGUCCAGCCGCCGCCAGCUGAGAUGGGAGAGAUCAUCAGCUGUUGCGGGGGCACUCUCCUGACCAGCAUGCCCCGGGCCUAUAAGCCUCAGAGAGUUGUGAUCACAUGCUCCCAGGACUUCCAUCGGUGCUCCGUUCCACUGCGAGUUGGACUUCCCAUCCUCUCACCUGAGUUCCUUUUGACUGGGGUGUUGAAACAAGAAGUCAAGCCAGAGGCCUUCAUCUUCUCUGCUUUGGAAAAGGCAUCCACCUGAAUCUGUAUCUCCAGUACCCUCCUCCCAUACCAAUAGAAAAUAUUUGGAAGAAAGAGGUUAGGGUGCUAAGAGAGGAUUGAGGUGUACUAAUCUGAUUUGUCUGGAAACAUGGCAGCACCAAAAAAGAUUAUGGGUCCACAAAGAUAAGGAGAUUUAAAGUGAGAUUCUCUUCAGUGCCCAACCCUAUGUUUGAAUAUCUGUAGUCAGCUCAGAUUUAGCUGAAUCAAUGUCUUACUGCUUCCUGACACACAUGUUGUCUCUCUUCCUCUUUCCUCACUGUGAUACUUUCUCAUCCUUUGUAAGACAGUGAGAACAGUUUUAGCAUCAGAAACUUGAAGAAAUGCCUGAAGUGACAAAGUUCGAGGGUUGAGUUCUGCAAUGUUUCUGAACUUUUCUGAUCCUGUCAUGUUAGAAGUGUCCCUUAGCUUCGCCUUUGAACAAGUCGCUGCACUUUCAUGCUUUUAUAUUAUUUAUAAAAUUAGAGCUUAAGUUCAAGCCUUUCUGAGAAAUAAAUAUUCACUCUAUUCUUA